CUUCAGCUGGAAUCCGAAAACUAGAACGAAAAGAAUGCAAGAAACCAAAACACAUUUUCGAAACCAGAUUUAGAAUCAGCUUGGAAGAAAAAUGUCAUUAUUACAUAGAUUUCGGUAUUGUGCCGUCAAUGGCUGCAGCAGUAGAUCAUUAGGGGCUACUUCCUUUGGCACAGAUGAAGACGUCGUUCUACAUAGUCUCCCAGAGGAUCAAACAACAAAACAGACUUGGAUUAAUUUUGUACGAAUUGGUAGAAAAAAUUGGAACCCAACACCUUCUUCAGUUCUGUGUAGUGCUCAUUUUAAAUCUGAUUCUUUCCAAAUUAAUUCCGAUUCUACUUUAGAAAAUCAUAAAGGGAGAAUACUACUUGAUGGGGCUGUCCCCACUAUUCUUCCCCUGUCUGCCAGGGAUGCCAUAGAUGAUAGUUUACCAAUAACUUUUCAACAUGUACAGAAAUCUGAAGAACUUAAACAGAAUAAAAAGAAGCUGAUGACAUUUGAUGGUGAUGAUGAUGAUGAUGAUGGAAAUCGAAUGCAAAAUGUUUCUCCAGCAACUGUACAACAGGGUGCUACUAACCAAUCUACCAUACAGUCAAUACAAGAAACUCCAUCGAUACCAGUUACAAUGCCGAUGAUAUGUCUUGUAUCAACUCCAUCAGUAAAUAAAAGAUUAGCAGCAACAUCACAAUCGACCCCGAAUAAUUCUAACCAAGGGAAGAUAACUCUACAACUUCGUUUAAUGGGAGGGGAGAAUUCUCUUCCCCAGUCGACAGUUUCUGCACAGAUCGUUCACAACGAUCUGCGUGUUAAAGAAGAAGAUGCUGACAAUGUCAAUGAAGAUGAAGACCUUAAAUCGAAGACGUUCUAUAAAUGUAAUUGUUGUGAUGUGAGUUUUGUACGAUACGCUGAUCUUGAGAAUCAUUGUAAAAUACACGUUAAGGAAGAAGACUCCGUAGCCAGUAAUUCUAAACAAAGUAGUAGUCAAGGUCAAGGUCUUCUUGAAUGCCGAUUUUGCUCGGAAACGUUUACAACCGUAAAAAAUCUUUACGCACAUAUUAAAACGCAUCAAGAAUACGAAUUUCAACAUUUCUCUUGCGAUCUUUGUGAAAGGGUUUUUAAAACCAAAGAUACUUUACGCAGACAUAAGAGGCUCCAUGAUGGGAAAAGAGAAUUUGAGUGUGAAGUUUGUGAAAGAGGAUUUUCGUAUAAUAUCCAUUUACAGGAGCAUAUGAGAAGUCAUACCGGUGAGAAGCCAUUUAAGUGCGAAAUUUGUGGAAAAUUGUUUGCGUAUCGAGGGGAUUUAACGACGCACAUUCGUCGACAUACGGGAGAGAAGCCGUUUGUUUGUGAAAUUUGCGGUAAAGCCUAUAUUUCGAGUAGUCAGUUAAUAACACAUAAAUUAAGUCACAACAAAGGAUACCCUGAUCUCUAUAAUCAAUGUAAAAUAAAUAUUAAAAAUAAAGAUAAAAAGUCUGUCGCCAGCACGUUUACGGGUACACCGUCGACUGAUCAGGACUCGGUCGAUGACGAAAACGAUUGUGAUAUCGCUGUACAUUUUGAGCCGGACCCGGACCGAGAUAUAAGCACAGACAACAAAACACACGCCAAAUGUGAAAUCUGUUCAAAAUUAUUCACAGACAAAGCUGCUUUAAGUGAACAUACUACAUUCCAUACUUCCCAUUGUCAGUGUUGCAUCUGCUGGGAAGUCUUUGACAAUGUUACUGACCUUCACAAACAUAAUAAAAAUCAUGUCGUCCAGAACAAAAAAAUAACAUCUAAAUGUAAGAUUUGUUUGAAAUCAUUUUCAAAUAAUACUUUACUUAAUGAUCAUAUGAUCCAAGAGCAUACAAGUGCAAAUCAUGACGACAAUCUUCUCGAAUGCCGAUUUUGUUCCGAAAAGUUUACAACUGUUAGCAACCUUUACGCUCAUAUCAAAAUGCAUCAAGAAUAUGAAUUUCAACAUUUUACUUGUGACCUCUGCGAAAAGGUUUUUAAAACUAAAGAUACUUUACGCAGACAUAAGAGGCUCCAUGAUGGGAAGAAAGAAUUUGAAUGCGAAAUUUGUAAAAGAGGAUUUUCCGCUAGCGUGAAUCUACAGGAUCAUAUGAGAAGUCAUACCGGUGAAAAGCCAUUUAGGUGCGAUAUUUGUGAGAAGUGGUUUGCGUAUCGAGGUGACCUUACUAAACACAUACGACGUCAUACAGGGGAGAAGCCAUUUAUUUGUGAAAUUUGCGGCAAGGCCUACAUUUCAAGUAGUUCGUUAAUAAAACAUAAAACCUGUCACAGCGAAGAAAAAUUAUUUACUUGCGACGUCUGCGGGAAGCCCUUUUCAAGUAAAAGUUCUCUGAACCUGCAUUACAAACUUCACACGGGAGACGGACUUUUCAAAUGUGACUUGUGCAGUAGAGUGUUUGUUUUAAAAUCUCUACUGUCGAGACAUGUCCGUUGCCAUAGUGAUAAUCUCAAAUGUGAUAUUUGUUCAAGACAGUUUAAUAGACGGAACAAUCUCUCGGAGCAUAUGAAAUCUCACCGCAGAGAAAAAAAAUCGUACAGAUGCGACGUCUGCAAUAAAUCUUUUAACAAACGGCAAAGUUUCAACCGGCACCGAGAAAUUCACAAUGAAGUAAAUCUGUUUAAAUGUAGUUUUUGUGACACAUCGUUCAAAACAAGACUCAGUCUGAAGAGACAUAAAAAAACUCAUAAUCAAGAAACAGAACGCAGAUUUGAAUGCGAGCUUUGUAAAAAGCGUUUUUACGACAAACAGCAUCUAAAGAAUCACAUACCAACGCACAGUCAAGAGACGCCAUUUAAAUGUGAUGUUUGUGGUAAAGCUUAUAAACUACAACGAUCUCUGAAGAUCCACAACAAAACACAUAUGGAAGAAAAUACUAGAAAUGUUCUUAGUGUAGAAAAAUCUCAUAACUGUGAUGUUUGUGGUAAAUCAUUUCAACAACGUAGAUCUCUUAACAGACACAACAAAAUACAUACUGGUGAACAACCUAGCAACAUUUAUACUGGUAAAUCAUUUCAACAACGUAGAUCUCUCAACAGACACAACAAAAUACAUACUGGUGAACAACCUAGCGACAUUUAUACUGGUGAACAACCUAGCGACAUUUAUACUGGUGAACAACCUAGCAAUGUUUAUACUGGUGAACAACCUAGCAAUGUUUAUACUGGUGAACAACCUAGCAAUGUUUAUACUGGUGAACAACCUAGCAAUGUUUAUACUGGUGAACAACCUAGCAAUGUUUAUACUGGUGAACAACCUAGCAAUGUUCAUACUGGUGAAAACCAUAGCAACAUUCAUACUGGUGAAAACCAUAGCAACGUUCAUACUGGUGAAAACCAUAGCAACAUUUAUGCUGGUGAAAACCAUAGCAACGUUCAUACUGGUGAACAACCUAGCAACAUUUAUACUGGUGAAAACCAUAGCAACGUUCAUACUGGUGAACAACCUAGCAACUUUUACACUAGUGAAAAAUCUAGCAAUGUUCAUACUGGUGAAAGAUCUAGCAAUGUUCAUAUUGGUGAACACCCUUCCAAAUUUCAUACUGGUGAAAAACCUAGCAUUAUUCUUACUGGUGAAAACCAUAGCAACAUUUAUACUGGUGAAAACCAUAGCAACAUUCAUACUGGUGAAAACCAUAGCAACAUUCAUACUGGUGAAAACCAUAGCAACGUUCAUACUGGUGAAAAACCUAACAAUGUUUACACUGAUGAAAACCCUAACAAUGUUUACACUGAUGAAAACCCUAGCACUGUUAAUACUAGUGAAAAACUUUAUACUUUUGGAAACCCUAGCAAUAUUCAUACGGGACAAAAAUGUUUUGAAUGUGAUAUCUGUGGUAAAUUAUUCAAGCGAAAAAGGUCUGUGACUAUACACAAAAAAACCCAUUCCGACGAAAAACCGUACACUUGUCAAUCAUGUGGAAAAUCUUUUAAACAACGUAGAUCUCUGAGAAUGCACAACAAAAUUCAUACUGGUGAAAAAUCUAACAACGGUGACACUGUCGAAAAAAAUUACAAAUGUGAUCUUUGUGAUAUAACUUUCAGUAAACGACAGAGUUUCUAUAAUCAUAAAAAAAUUCAUAAGGAGGAAAUAGACAGACCUUUUAAAUGUGACAUAUGUAUAAAGACUUUUAGUGAUCGACAGUAUUUACAGAAACAUUCAAAAACCCAUAAUGAAUUACGAGAGAGACCAUUUGUUUGUGAUCUUUGUGCGAAAUCGUUUUUUAACCUUCACAAUCUCAAGGAUCAUAUCCGAACCCACACAGGUGAGAAGCCAUUUAAAUGUGAUGUUUGUAAUAAAUCAUUUUCUCAGGUAGGUAGCGUGAAUUUACACAUCAGAAACGUUCACAACAAAGACAAAAGCAUUUGAAUUUAAGGGAUAUAACACCUCUGGGAUUUACAUAUAGGUCAAAAAAAAUUUGAGAGAGAGAGAGAGAGAGAGAGAGAGAGAGAGAGAGAGGGAGGACAUUUUGGAACUAACAUAUGGUUCAAUUUUAUCUGAAUAAUUUGCAUGCAUGUAGGGGUCUUUAGCAGAGGCAGGAAACUGGAGGACCCGGGGGGAAAACCCACGAGGUUCGACAGACGACCCUAGUCCUUGUCACGUACAUCUGGGGAAUCAAAACCACACUGGUUGACUCAAUGACAGACCUUAUGAUACAACGUGCAUGCGCUCACCAUUCGGCCACUCUAGCUGAGAGAAUACAUGUAGUUUAUUAUUUUGUUAGGCUAUGGAAAAUGAACACUUUACAAUGUAAUUGUAAUUGAGUUCAUGCACAUUGGUGAAGAGAACAUGUGAUUUAAUGUGCACGCUUUAAACCCCUUACUUUGAUCGCCUCCCCGUACAGUGUUGAAACCUCAUGUAGAUAUUCAGGCUGACCUUAAAAAUAUCUUUGUUUCACCAAACCCGACCCACAAUCGAGGAGAAGGGUCGGUAGGUCGGUUUUUUUUUCAGAUUUUUUUUUUAAGAGCUAAUUUGACAGCUUGAUAAUUUUUCGGGUGCAAACAUUCGUCUUCUUUUAUUGGCAAACAAAUCAAUGACAUCGGGAUUUUUCUUGAUGCACGACUCGCACACAAAUUGCCACAAACUCACGUUUGAAACUCCCUCAACACGUUUUUAACGAUCGUGCGGGUUGUGCCUUCAUUUUUCUCGAAAACGGAUAUUGAAAAUAUCGUCGUCAUGUUUAAAACGACGCCCCACAGACAUAGAGGCAGAAUCAUUUCGUGGGAAUGGACGUGCUUUCGUCUGCAACCAUUUUGUUGAGAAGCGACACCUAUGACGCUUUCGUCUUGAUCAACCAGUUUCAAUAAUGAAUCAAACCAUAGCCAUAGUAAAGGGAAAUAACUCUCGUGAUAUAUUUCAGGUUGACACACAAAAUAAAAUAAAAAGAUCGCAGAAAAGUGCAAUAAAAUAAUUUAAGUCGGGGGUGGUUUUAGUUAGUCGGUCGCGUUAGGCGAAACAAAGAUAUUUUUAAGGUCAGCCUCAUGGAGUAGGGUUGCCUCUCCAGACUUGUGGGUUUGCUCCAGGUCCUCUGGUUUCCUCCCACUGUCUCUCUCUCUCUCUCUCUCUCUCUCUCCAACCUGGGUAAAAAAACAAAAAAAUGCUAUCAAACGAUUUUUUCACAAACACACUGUGAUUUUUAACCCAAAAAAGCAUAUUUCUACAUUGUAUUCAUAUGGUAACUGUAUUAUUCUAUAUUCUAUGUCAAAUAAUUGCUGUAUAUAUGCUUGUACAUUAAUGUAUGUAUGUAUAUAUGCUUGUACAUUAAUGUAUGUAUGUAUAUAUGCUUGUACAUUAAUGUAUGUAUGUACAUGUAUGCUUGUACAUUGUUGUAUGUUUGCUAUCCUUGGACGUGAUAAGCAAAUUUAAAAUUGCGAAAGGCUCAAAUAACGAAACAUUGUAAUAAUAAUUGCGAUACUAUUGGUCACACAUUCUCAUGUAAUUGUAGUAAUAGGGUUUAUUUCAGUUGUAUGAAAGGUGCUCCGUUUAAUAUAUUGAAGUGGUUAAACAAAUGGGUGACAAUGAGAAAUGGGCUUGGGCUAAAUAGAUAUUUUGCAAGAUUAAGCUUUCUUAGACUAACUCACCGACAGUUCCUGCCACCAUCAGUUACUGGUGUCCAGUCAUCUCGUGCAUAGAUUAGUCCAAUUAAAUGAACAAUUUUGAUGAAAACGGGUACCCAAAUGAAACACUUACCCCAAAAUGUUAAUUGUCCCGCCCUAAAAGCCGACGUAUCUAAGCGUUUGAUAUAAAUUUAACAGCACCAUCAAAUUUGCUUUAGAAAUCAUUCAGUGUUGCCAGGGAAGACAUCAUUGGCGUUCCAAACGGGACGUACAGCCACCUCAGAUUAGAGGCCUGGAUAGAGACAACAUGCAGUGUUCUUAGACGGACACACCUUUAGUCUCCCCUGCUUAGAGAGUCUGACAUAGAAAGAAGUGCCUAACGCCACAAAACACCGACUAAGGGAUAGAGAACUUAUAUUUAGCUUAUAUUUAAUGUCAUAUGUGUGUGUAGUUUCCUAUAUAUAACCGUUUUAUUAUGGAUGUUAUAAAGAUAUAAAAACAUAGUCCAGGGGCGGAUCCAGAGGGGGGGAUGUAAGGGGGUCGACCCCCCCCCC